AUGUCUCCCAUUUCGCAUACACUGGUGGCGCGCACGAUUGAAAUCAUCCCUCGCCCUGCAACAACACCUUUUACAACACCUCUCUUGACCACAAACCUCGUCUGCCGGGUAGUCCUUGCUUUUCUCGCCAAUGUGGUUUGCUUGGUUCCUCUCAAGAAUCUCUGCCGCAAUGGCGAGUUCGCAGCCGUCGUCUUCAUCACCACCGUCAUAUUUCUCAACACAGAUACCAUCAUCAACUCCCUCAUCUGGCGCGACGACGAUAUCGAGAAAUGGUGGAGGGGCUGGGUCUGGUGCGAUGUACACCCCUACAUCUACCAGCCGGCGUUGACAAUAUACGCAACAUCGGUGGUUGCCAUCAUGCGGAAUCUCUCCGAGCAAGUGAACUUGUUACGAGUCGGGCCUCUGACUGUCAUCGAGAAACGCAAAAGGACAUGGUUGCAAGCCUUGAUCAUUUUUCCACUUCCCAUCAUUCAACUGGGCUGGGUGUAUCCUCUCUCUGGACAGAGAUACACAGUCGGCACACUCAAGGGUUGUCUAUGGAGCACCACACCAAACUGGGUGUGCAUUGUAUUCUUCCUUCUUCCGAUUCCAAUCGUCGCCUUGGUGGGAGGCUUUUACUCAAGUCUGACGUGGAGGCGAUACUCGCAAAUCAAACAAAUCGGUAGCGACACCGGCGAAACUGGACGAGGAAGCUCUUGGGCGAGCCGUCCAUACUGGUCAGCCUCCAAGAACACCUGGUUCACUUUCUUCACCACCCCCUCCCUAUUCUAG